GUCAACCCUUCUAUUCACCUUUGCACAGUUGCUCAUUUUUGUCCAGUGAACAUCUCUAUAUAUUGGACAUUUAUCCCCCAACCGUCCAAUUUUUUUUGUAAUCUGCACAACCACCGGUCUGCAUGAGCCCCCGGGCACAGCAGGCUUCCCCAGCCAGCUGUUGGAUUAACGCACGGCACUAUCUCGUCGAAGGAAGGCGUGUCGUCCCCCCCACCCCCGGAUCACUCAGAUCCCCUUUGUCCUCCGUGCCCAGCCAGCGACACUCAUGGCGGCUGCACCCGUCAGACAGCGGCCCGGGCCGGGGGGACCCCGCGCGCAGCUCCCGCCCUGCUACUACGAAGGACACCUGGAGAAGAGGGGACCGAAGGAGAAGGCAUCCAGGCGACUGUGGACUUGUCUGUGUGGGAAUUCGUUGUAUUUCUUCAAUAGUGCCAAGGACACUCAUUACGUGGAGAAGCUAGACCUCAAUGGAUUUGUGUCCCUGAAGGACGACUGCAGCCGUGACAGAAACCUGGAGGCAGCCAGACUCAUCCUGCGCAUGAAGGAUGGGGAAACCAAACUCACAGCACCAAACUUAGAAUCAAGGGAGCUGUGGAAAGGUUUCCUCUACUCUGUCGUUGAUCUCAACGUGCCGUCCUGUCUCACGUUGCUGCCGGGCCAACUGCAGAUGCUGAGGGAGGUGGUGGACAAGGAAAGGUCCAGACGGAGAAUCCGCACCCCCACACGUGCCCCUCCCUCGCCGCUCUCGGUGCCUUUAGUAGGAGAGAUCCCACCGUGUUUUCGACCAGUCUCUCGGACAGAGGCUGAAGUCCUUCUCGAGAGACACCCAGACUGCGGCAACAUGCUGCUCCGUCCAGGCAGAGAUGGAUGCUCGCUAGCUGUGACUACUCGACAGGACCUCAAUGGGUCGGUAUUCAGACAUUAUCGAGUGACUCAGAGGGACCAAGGCGGUUAUGUCAUCGAUGUAGAAAAUCCCAUCCCCUGUGCCACACUACAUGAGGUCAUUGACGCCCUGGUAGAGAAGACGUUAGGAACUCUACAACCUUUCCUCCUGGAGGAGCCGUAUGAGGAGAACAUCACAUAUGUUUCUGCCAAUGAUGAAAAUGGAGAAAGGAUCCUCCACACUGCCCCCACCAGCCCCCUUCCAAAGGCUCCAGCCCUGCCGCCAAAACAAGAUCGUUGGUCCAGCAGCAGCCCCCUGUCCAGGUCCCCCGCCCCGGACCGCCGUAUCCUGACCUCACCAGUGCCGGCCUCGCCCACCAACCCGAUGAGGCGACUCAUCCUCUCCCCUUCACCUCUCACACAGACGCUCAACGAGGAGCUCAAGAUGAAGCUGGAGAAGAGACGAGCCAGUCAGGAGUGACUCGACUCACGGCGGCGAACAACAUCCUGUCACUGCGUACUCAAUCUUCAGUGCCAAACCCCUUCUCACCGCAGCUAUGUACUCAUCCUGUGCCUUCUAGGUGGAAGACAAGGGGCUACAAAUAUCGCCACUUUGUUUCCGUGCUUUGUCCACAUGCAUAAAACUGUUUACAAUCUGCCUCUGAGCAAAAAAAAAAACCCGACAUAUUAUUCUCCUUUAGAAAAGAAUCCAUAAAAACUCUGAAUCCACAUACCGGCAGCUACAACCUAUGGGAGCACGCGUUGACACGACACCACACGGACCACCAACAGAGCCGAAUGUUUUCCCGUCUGAGCCCAUGUCUGUUUGUGCUGACCUGCUGAAGUCACCGCUGCACCCGAGACACUUCACCUGCUCCGAAGGUGAAAAUGAACCAGACGUGCUCAGGUUUCAGCUCAGUAGUCGUCCUCCUUCACCUCAUCCAACAUGUGACGUGAAAAAAAAAUCCUAAAUUAUCUGAAGCCACAAUCUCUGCCUGCCACUCCGAGUGCUAUUUGUGAUUGAUAAGCGACUGUCGAUGUGUCGUCGAUUCCCAACUUUACUGUUGGUGCUUAUGUUAAAGUGUUUCCUUAUUCUCUGCUACCGUGUACGUGCUACUGUAUGGCGCUACGACUCGACCGGUGCUUGGAGACUCCAGUGUUCCCCUUCAAGAAAAUCCAUGUACUGUAUGUGAGGCUGCCCUCUGGUGGGAUGGCUGUCGACUAAAGGGACAGCCCCCUUAUUAUCAGCACACAAUCUCUUAGUAUUAAAACACACCAAGUAACACACACUUGGCGUAGACCAACUUCCUUUUAUCUUGCAGACUGAAACCGGCAAAGUCUUUUGGCUUUAUCACAGUAUUUCACCCUACCUCUUUACCGCCAGUAACAACAUUAUAAUGUUUUAGCACGAGGCAAACUGUGAUCCACUGACUUGAUGCUGCGUGUCUUCUCACGAUAAACAUUCUGUCCUCUACAUGUAUGUUUGUACAAUAUGUAAUGUGUCUAUUUGGUCACUAUGAAAGAAUAGUGUUUGUUAAAUAUUGAGGGAAUUAAAUUGUUUUGCAUGGAUCUUUCA